AUGGUCGAGACCACACCAUCCCCCUUCACGCCUGAGGUAAGGGCGAGGUUCCAGGCCAACGCGGAGAAGGCCUCCCGGGACUUCAGGUCCGAUGUCGUAACCGUCCCGACGGAGGACAUGAUGAAGGCCGUCCUGGAGGCAUCCGUAAACGAUGACAUCUACGACGAAGAAGGCGACCCCUCGGUCAAGGCCCUCGAGCAGAGGCUCGUCGAGCUCACCGGCAUGGAGGCCGCCCUGUGGGCCGUGUCGGGCACGCAGGGCAACCAGAUCUGCCUGCGCACGCACCUGACGCAGCCUCCGCACGGCGUCGUCCUCGACCACCGCGCCCACGUCCACUGCUGGGAGUCGGGCGCCCUGCCCGUCAUCUCCCAGGCGUCGACCACUACCGUAAAGCCCAAGAACGGCGUGCACUUGACCCUCGAAGACAUCAAACCUCACAUCAUUCCCUAUGGCAACAUCCACUUCCCGCCCACGAGAGUCGUCUCCCUCGAGAACACCCUCUACGGCACGGUCCUGCCCCUCGCCGACGCCCAGGCCAUCUCGUCCUACGUCCGGGGCCUGCCCGUGGCCGAGGGCCAGCAGCCGGUGCGGAUGCACCUCGACGGCGCGCGCGUCUUCGACGGCGUCGCGGCCGAGGGGUCCGACCUGAGGGCCUACGCCGCCUGCUUCGACAGCAUCUCCGUCUGCCUGGCCAAGGGCAUCGGCGCGCCCAUGGGCAGCGUCGUCCUCGGCAGCGGGGCGUUCGUCGCGCGCGCCAGGUGGUUCCGCAAGAUGCUCGGCGGCGGCACGCGGCAGCCGGGCAUGAUGGCCGCCGCCGCGCUGGCCGCGCUCGAGCACAGCCUGCCGCGCCUGCCGGCCGUGCACGGGAUGACCCGCGCCGCCGCCGUCGAGCUCGAGGCCCUGGGUUACCGCUUCUCGCUGCCGCCGCAGACAAACAUGAUCCUGCUGGACCUCGAUGCCGUGGGGAUCCCGCCCGCGGCCUUUGUCGAGUACUGCGCGCGCGAGAAGAUCGCCGUGUUCCCCAUGGCCAGGCUGGUCUUCCAUCAUCAGACGUCCGAGGCUGCCGUCAGGGCCCUUGUCAGUGCGCUCACUAAGCUCAUGCAGGAUAAAAAGAAGGGGGUGGCGCUGGAAGACAAGAAGAUUGGCGGAGGGUACAGCUGA